AUGUCUGGCGAAACAAACUACAAUAGUUGGACCAAAACCGGUCUUAUUCAGCGACUGAAGGAGCUCGAGAGUGAACUGAAAAAACGGCCUGAAGCUCCCAAAGCUGUUUCUGUCCCUGAAGAUGAACCUCGAGGUGCCAUGGCCACUACAAUGUCCGAUGACAUGGCAGGCCCUGCCAAAAAGACAAAAGCACCAAAGACAAAGCGGAGGAUGGAUCCCUCAAGAUAUUCAACCAGAUUUAUUGCGUUGAAGCUGGCAUAUUUGGGCAAAAACUACGGUGGAUUCGAGUUUCAGGCCAUGGGGAAUCAGCCCUCUAUCGAGGAGGAGCUCUGGAACGCUCUCACACGGGCAUGCCUCAUCUUCCCCGAGGACGAAAGGAUCGUCCAAUUUGACUGCUGCGAAUACUCAAAGUGCGGCAGGACGGACCGUGGAGUCAGUGCCUUUGGACAAGUCAUUGGGCUGAAGGUGCGCAGCAACAGGCCACUUCCCAAGAAGAGGGCCGAGACCGAUGUCGCUACUGCUGAAGACAUCGUCCUGGCCGACGCAGAUCCCCAAGGAGUAAAGCAGGCUGAAGAAGAGGUGGAGGCGCAAGAAGAAGAGAAGCCGUUCGACGAUAUCCACGACGAACUCUGCUACCCACGGAUCCUGAACAGAUUGUUGCCAGAUGACAUUCGCAUCCUGGCAUGGUGCCCAUCACCACCGCCCGAUUUCUCCGCCCGAUUCUCCUGCCGCGAGCGCCAGUACCGCUAUUUCUUCACGCAGCCUGCUUUUGAACCAGAUCCCACGAGCCUAGAUUUGUCGGGGGCCAGCAAAUCUCUCAAAGCGGGCUGGCUUGACAUUGACGCCAUGCGCGACGCAGCCAAGCGCUACGAAGGCGAGCAUGACUUUCGCAACUUUUGCAAAAUCGACCCCGCAAAACAAAUCACCAAUUUCCACCGGCGAAUCUUUGAAUCAGACAUUGUCGAAGUGCAGGAUGCUGGCUCGGUAAUGCCGUACCUCCAAACCCCAGGAUUCUCGUCUUCCGGGCUUGAAGGUUCCGGACCAUACCCCAAGGUGUAUUACUUUCACGUUCGAGGCUCUGCGUUCCUGUGGCACCAGAUCCGCCACAUGGUAGCCAUUUUAUUCCUCGUCGGCCAAGGUCUUGAAUCGCCAACAGUGGUUUCCCAACUACUUGAUACAGCCAAGAACCCCGGCCGACCUAGCUACGUCAUGGCGGAUGAAGUGCCUCUCGUCCUGUGGGACUGCAUCUUCCCAGAUCUCUCUAAGACGGACUAUACGGCGGCAGACGCGCCCAGCAAGAGAGAAGACUGCAUGAAGUGGAUCUACGUGGGCGAGGAAUAUUCCCCGAAUAAAUUUGGGCAGUUUGGCGUCAUGGACAGCUUGUGGCAAACCUGGAGAGGCCACAAAAUGGACGAGCUGCUUUCAUCACAGCUGCUGCAGCUCAUAUCCGGCCAAGGCAAAUCUCAGGACAUGGCGGAAGGUCCGCAGAGCAAUCGCCGGGCGAAUGCAAGUGCGCGAGUAUUUGAAGGCGGAAAUAGCGGACGCUUGGGUGGCAGGUAUGUGCCCGUGAUGAAGAAGGAAGUGCUACAGUCGCCAGAGGAGCAGAACGACCGGUAUGCCAAGAGGAAAGGGUACGCAGAUGCAGAAGACAUGCGUGCGCAAAAGGGAUUGCGUAGCAAGGAGGACAAUGAAUAG